UCACAAAAUGCAAUGUUAACAGCAAUAGAGAUUAUGCAAUAAAGUGCAAUAAAUGUAAUUGUUUUACUAAACCUGGCAACCCAUUCUGACACUAAACGACGAUUUUGCCUAUUAAUUUAUAGUAGCAUAAACGCCGGUUUGUAGUUACACAUUUAAUUUUAUCCAACAAUUGCUAAGUUUUAUUAGUGUAUUUUUUUAAUUAAAAACCUUACGUACCUUAGUUAGGUAAGCGUACUCACUAAUUAAACGAUGUGCGUGCGUCCUCGUGUGGUCAGAUUUGAUGCUUACACCCAAUGCUCACACGAACCCCGCCAAGCACUCACACUCAAACACUUACACAUGACAGGCCUACUGGUAGUACAGGUCAGCUAGCGUUGUUAGAACACUAACCAUGUUUGUGGCGAGGAGUAUUGCAGCAGAUCACAAAGAUCUGAUCCACGAUGUGUCGUAUGAUUUUCACGGACGACGAAUGGCAACCUGCUCCAGUGACCAAAGUGUCAAGGUUUGGGACAAAGACGAAAACGGAGAGUGGCACUGCACAGCAAGCUGGAAGACACACAGUGGAUCAGUGUGGAGAGUUACUUGGGCUCAUCCAGAAUUUGGGCAGGUUCUAGCUUCAUGCUCUUUUGACCGAACAGCUGCUGUCUGGGAAGAGAUUGUUGGAGAGUCCAACGACAAACAGAGAGGACUGAGUCACUGGAUAAAGAGAACCACCCUGGUGGACAGUAGAACAUCAGUGACGGAUGUAAAGUUUGCCCCUAAACACAUGGGUCUGAUGUUGACCACCUGCUCUGCGGAUGGAGUGGUGAGGAUUUAUGAAGCUCCUGAUGUGAUGAACCUGAGCCAGUGGUCCCUGCAGCACGAGAUCUCCUGCAAACUCAGCUGCAGCUGCAUCUCUUGGAAUCCGUCCAGCUCUCGAGCCCACCCACCAAUGUUUGCUGUUGGAAGUGAUGACAGUAACGUAUCUUACGGAGGAAAAGUUCAAAUAUAUGAAUACAACGAAAACACGAGGAAAUAUGCCAAGGCAGAGACACUGAUGACCGUCACAGAUGCAGUUCAUGACAUUGCUUUUGCUCCCAACCUGGGAAGAUCUGUCCAUGUACUGGCCAUUGCAACGAAAGACGUUAGAAUUUUCAAGCUGGUUCCCAUGAGACGAGACAGCACCUCAACUGGACCCACAAAGUUUGAAGUCCAAAUUAUGGCACAGUUCGACAACCACAACUCACAGGUGUGGCGUGUGAGCUGGAACAUCACCAGCACCCUGCUGGCCUCCUCUGGGGAUGAUGGCUGUGUCCGUCUUUGGAAAGCUAACUACAUGGACAACUGGAAGUGCACAGGCAUCCUGAAGGGAGACGGCAGCCCACUCACCAGCUCUUCAGGUCCGCCCAUGGCUAUGAGCACAGUAGUUGGCUCCUCUGUUCAGAUGCCGCAGAACUCCCUGAAUGGGAUGUCUGCCGGAAGGUAUUUCUUUCCACCUCUGGAUCCUCCCAGAGCAGGGACUAGGUGUGGUCAGCUGCUGCCUCCUUCCUCUCUUCUAGAACAGUGUGAUGCUGAAGUCAUUCAACCUCAACAACAGGCUCUUUCUCAUAGACGCUCCUCGAGAGCACUGCUGCCCUUGUCUGAGUCUGAGGGGCAGUGAUGGUGGAUUGUUUACAACUUAACCAGCAUACAUAUGAAUUAGGUAUAAAGGUAACAUUAUCCAAUGUUUUGAUUAUAUGUGAUAAAGGUCAUUUUCAUGUGUUUUGUUUUCCUGGUUUGGAUAUAUAAAAUUUUGUGAAUUACA